CUUUCAAUUUCUAGCGUCUGCUGGCAUUCGGGACGAGCUCGAGCAAGCAGAGGGUCGUGUUUAGUACCGCGGACAAACUCAGACAACGAUGGCGAACCAAAAGGCAGUGGAUAAUAUUCUGGAGUGUGUGCGCGAGGCCUAUGACAAGAUGGAUGUAAAUGACGACAACACUGUCACGUUCGGAGAAUUCAAAAAAUUCUGUGAUAAAAUCGACGGCAUGGAGGAAAUAGCGCAAACAUUCGCAACAUAUGACACAUCUGAUGACCAGAGACUGUCCCUGCAAGAGCUGAAUGAUUUUGUCACUGGAAAAGUUCCUAAAGAUAAGAUAGAAGUUUGUCACGUUAGGAAAUUGUUUAAAAGCCGUGACACGAGUGGUGACGGGAAACUGGACAGAGCAGAAUUUCGUGCGUUGUUAGUGGACUGUGGGUACAGCGACACCGUCAUCGAGAACACCAUCGAGGCAGUCGCAGGGGAAGACGGAAUGGUCACUCUGCAGGAAUUCUUGGACAAGUGGGAACACGACGAGUAGUUAUGUCCCUUGUUUGUGACACUCGCCCGUAGUCAGUCUAGCUAUUUCUUUGAUGGGACGUAUUAAGAAUUAUUGCCUUUAGACUGUUUCGCCUCGAAUGCUUUACCGAGGAUCUCCCAAUCGCUGACCAGAGAUAGGUGGUAUGACCUUCAGUCUGGACCAACACCUGUUCCAAAGAUUGCUCCUCUAUCAAUCAAGCUGUUAUUUCUGUACAGAUGUUUGUCUGUUUAAACCCCACUUUGCAACAGCUACACGAAGUUUGCACACUGGACCAGACAAUCCGGUGAUUGGGAUAAGGGUGUUGCAUCUUGUCAAUGGCAAUGACAUAUAUGUACGGGUGGGUCCGCUCCAUCAAUCAUGACGCCAAUGCAAUGAACGUUAGUUCUUUUUUCUUUAAUACUCGACCCUGACCCCCACUUGACCCUCUCGUUGUACAGCGGUCGCCACAGACUGACCGCAGCCGUCGCCAUGUUGGUGCACCGAGAAUAUGCGAGAGCCGACGAGAGUUGGGGGUCAGGGUUUCUCCUCAAUGUGUAGACAUAUAGGAUACAGAUGCUAUGUCAUAUAAUCCAAUAAAAUCACUUUGCUUACUGAAA